CAUCACACUGUGAGUGUUGCUUUACCUCUCUACAUCACACUGUGAGUGUUGCUAUACCUCUCCAUCACACUGUGAGUGUUGCUUUACCUCUCUCCAUCACACUGUGAGUGUUGCUUUACCUCUCCCCAUCACACUGUGAGUGUUGCUUUACCUCUCUAUCACACUGUGAGUGUUGCUUUACCUCUCUCCAUCACACUGUGAGUGUUGCUUUACCACAGCUUUCCACCUUUGAUUGUUACUAGCAGGCUUCUUUGUAAUCAACUUGUCUGACAGGGAAAAUGAUGUGAAGAUGUGUCUGCCUUUGUCCAUGUCAGGCUCCAAAUGACUCAAAAUCACAGUCUCAGACAGUCAGCCACUGGCCUGGUUUCAUUUCCCCAGACAUGGAAAGACAUUGAGCAAGUCUGUGACUAACCAGAACUGAAGUCACAUGCACCAUGAUCAGUUUCUAUCUGGUUUCUAUUGGCCAUUCAUCCAUUGACGACAGAAUAUCAGAUUUUAAUUUGAUUGUGUUAUUAGUUUCUGCUUAGUUGCAGAUCAAUGCUGCUGCUGGGGUCCUGUGAUUAAUACCUGGACAACACUGAUGUUGAUCAAUGCUGCUGUAGGGGUCCUGUGAUUAAUACCUGGACAACACUGAUGUUGAUCAAUGCUGCUGCUGUAGGGGUCCUGUGAUUAAUACCUGGACAACACUGAUGUUGAUCAAUGCUGCUGUAGGGGUCCUGUGAUUAAUACCUGGACAACACUGAUGUUGAUCAAUGCUGCUGUAGGGGUCCUGUGAUUAAUACCUGGACAACACUGAUGUUGAUCAAUGCUGCUGGGGUCCUGUGAUUAAUACCUGGACAACACUGAUGUUGAUCAAUGCUGCUGCUGUAGGGGUCCUGUGAUUAAUACCUGGACAACACUGAUGUUGAUCAAUGCUGCUGUAGGGGUCCUGUGAUUAAUACCUGGACAACACUGAUGUUGAUCAAUGCUGCUGUAGGGGUCCUGUGAUUAAUACCUGGACAACACUGAUGUUGAUCAAUGCUGCUGCUGUAGGGGUCCUGUGAUUAAUACCUGGACAACACUGAUGUUGUUGAAGAAAAAGUGAACUUUGGAAAUUAAGCUGCACCUCCUGAAUGAUGAGAGUUAUUUGAUGAAGGGGACAGUUCUCUAAAAUGAGUCUCUCUGGAGCGAGAAAGAAGGGGGGCCCUGCCUCUAAAAUGAGUCUCUCUGAGGAGAGAGAGGAGGGGGACCCUGCCUCUAAAAUGAGUCUCUCUGAGGAGAGAGAGGAGGGGGACCCUGCCUCUAAAAUGAGACUCUCUAGGGAACAUGACACCAAAGCUAAGAGACCAAUCAAGCAGGAGAGACCAGCCUCCCCUGUUCCCAGCUGUGUGUCCAUGAAGAGUGACUGGUCUAUGGAUCCUCCUCUAAACUUUAGAGAGGGAGACUUUUCUACUGAACAAAGAAACCAACAGGAGAGAUCAGAGUCAGAGAUUCUCAGUGGUCAGUCUUCCCAGAGUCAUCAAGCAGACCUGGCCUCCAUAUUCAGUUUGCUUGAAGAGAAAAUUAUGACAUUUGUGAAGAACGAGCUGAAGAUGUUCAAGAGGAUUCUUAGUCCAGAAUUCCCACAAGGCUUUGAGAGUCAGAAACAGGAUAAGGAAGUGGUGGAUGCUGAAGAUGAGAAGCAGGAGAGCAGUGCCAGAGAGGGGGCUCUGAAGAUCACACUGCACAUCCUGAGGAAAAUGAACCAGAAGGAGCUUGCUGACACACUGGAGAAAUAUUCAGAUGAGCUUGCUGUGAUUUGCCAACGUGAACUCAAAUCUAAUCUAAAGAAGAAGUUUCAAUGUGUAUUUGAGGGGAUCGCUAAACAAGGAAACCCAACACUUCUCAAUAAGAUCUACACAGAGCUCUACAUCACAGAGGGUGGAACAGGAGAGGUCAAUAAUGAACAUGAGCUGCGACAGAUUGAGACAACAACCAGGAAACAAGCAAGACCAGAGACUGCAAUCAAAUGUAACGACAUCUUCAAACCCUUAACUGAACAAGACAAACCUAUCAGAACUGUGCUGACAAAGGGAGUUGCUGGCAUUGGAAAAACAGUCUCUGUGCAGAAGUUCAUUCUGGACUGGGCUGAAGGAAAAGCUAAUCAGGAUGUCCAAUUUGUAUUUUCAUUCCCUUUUCGGGAGCUGAAUUUGAUGAAAGGGGACAAACACACUUUGUUUGAACUUCUCAAUCACUUCUCAAUGGAAACCAAACAAUCAGGAAUCUCCAACUACAACAAGUACAAAGUUCUGUUCAUCUUUGAUGGUCUGGAUGAGUGCCGACUGCCCCUAGACUUCCAGAAUAACAAGAUCUGUUGGGACGUCACAGAGUCAACCUCAGUGGAUGUUCUGCUGACAAAUCUCAUCAAGGGAAAUCUGCUUCCCUCUGCUCUCCUCUGGAUAACUACCCGACCUGCAGCAGCCAAUAAGAUCCCUUCAGUGUGUGUUGACCAGGUGACGGAGGUACGAGGGUUCAAUGACCCGCAGAAGGAGGAGUACUUCAGGAAGAGAUUCAGUGAUGAGGACCUGGCCAGCAGAAUCAUCUCACACAUAAAGACAUCCAGGAGCCUCCACAUCAUGUGCCACAUUCCAGUCUUCUGUUGGAUUUCUGCAACAGUCCUUGAACACAUGUUGGAACAUAAGAGAGAAGAGAUGCCCAAGACUCUGACUGAGAUGUACACACACCUUGUGGAGUUUCAUACCGAACAGAAGAAUGAAAAGUAUCUUGGGAAAGAAGAGACAGGUCCACACUGGAAUAAAGAGAGCAUUCUGUCACUGGGAAAACUGGCUUUUCAACAGCUUGUGAAUGGCAAUCUGAUUUUCUAUGAAGAAGACCUGGAGGAGGCUGGCAUUGAUGUCAAUGAAGCCUCAGUGUACUCAGGAUUGUGCACACAGCUCUUUAAAGAGGAAUGUGGGCUGUACCAGGACAAGGUGUACUGCUUUGUUCAUCUGAGCAUUCAGGAGUUUCUGGCUGCUGUAUAUGUGUUCCUCUCAUUCAUCAACAACAAUGAGAAUCUAAUGGAUGAACUGCAAACAAACGACGAGCCUGAAGUUACUUUCUAUAAGAGUGCUGUGGAUAAAGCCUUACAAAGCGAGACAGGAAACCUGGACCUUUUCCUCCGCUUCCUUCUGGGCCUCUCACUGGAGUCCAAUCAGAAGCACUUACGAGGUCUACUGACAAAGACAAGAAGCAGCUCACAGAGCCAUGAAGAAACAGUCGAGUACAUCAAGAAGAAGAUCAGGGAGGAUCUCUCUCCAGAGAGGAGCAUCAAUCUGUUCCACUGUCUGAAUGAACUGAAUGACCAUUCUCUAGUGAAGGAGAUCCAAAGCUACCUGAGAUCAGGAAGUCUCUCAAAACCCAAACUGUCACCUGGACAGUGGUCAGCUCUGGUCUUUGUGUUGCUGACUUCAGAAAAGGAGCUGGAUGUGUUUGACCUGAAGAAAUACUCCAGAUCAGAGGAAGGUCUUCUGAGGCUGCUGCCAGUGGUCAAAGCCUCCAGAGCUGCUCUGCUGUCAGGCUGUCUAGUCACAGAGGAAGGCUGUGCUUCUCUGGUCUCAGCUCUGGAGUCAAACCCCUCACACCUGAGAGAGCUGGAUCUGAGUAACAAUGACCUGAAGGAUUCAGGAGUGAAGCUGCUCUCUGCUGGACUGGGGAAUCCCCACUGUAAACUGGAGACUCUGAGGCUGUCAGGCUGUCUAGUCACAGAGGAAGGCUGUGCUUCUCUGGUCUCAGCUCUGAGGUCAAACCCCUCACACCUGAGAGAGCUGGACCUGAGCUACAAUCACCCAGGAGACUCAGGAGUCAGACUGCUCUCUGCUGGACUGGAGGAUCCACACUGCAGACUGGAGAAACUCAAUGUGGAACAUGGUGGAGAGAACAGAAUGAAACCUGGACUUAGAAAAUAUGUCUGUGAUCUCACACUGGACCCAAACACAGUAAACAGACGCCUCUCUCUGUCUGAGGAGAACAGAAAGGUGACAUGUAGGAGAGAGAAGCAGCCGUAUCCUGAUCACCCAGAGAGAUUUGAGGUCUGUAGACAGGUGCUGUGUAGAGAGGGUCUGACUGGGCGCUGUUACUGGGAGGUAGAGUGGAGUGGAAGAUUUGCUGGUAUAGGAGUGACAUAUAAAGGAAUCAGCAGGAGAGGAAGGGGUAAUGACUGUUGUCUUGGAUGGAAUGACAAGUCCUGGAGUCUGUUCUGCUCUGACAACCGUUACUCUGCCUGUCACAAUAAUAAACCCACUACCAUAGACGUCCCCUCCUCCAGCUCCCACAGAGUAGGAGUGUAUCUGGACUGGCCAGCCGGCACUCUGUCCUUCUAUAGAGCCUCCUCUGACACACUGACCCACCUGAUCACAUUCACCUCCACAUUCACUGAGCCCCUCUAUCCAGGGUUUAGGGUUUGGGGUGAUGGUGACUCAGUGUCCCUAAAAUAACAUGACACACACACACACACACAAUAAUAACCUGUAAAUAAUACACACACUGGACUCACACACACACUGGACUCACACACACACUGGACUCACACACACACUGGACUCACACACACACAU